ACGAACGACACACACCAGAAAGGUGCUCCUGUUCCGAAAUCGCAGUUUUUAACGGAUUUCUCUCUCUCUCUACCGCUCCAGACCUCCUCUCCUCGGCGAUGUGGUGCGGUCGCGUGGCUCUGCGUCGGCUCCAGCGGAUCGCCGUUGCUCCGUUAAACCUAUUAAGUAUUACCGGGGGUUUACCGGGCGCCGUGCAGAGAGAAGUGUCGUCCCUACCGCGGGUCUACAUCACGCGCCAGAUCCCGCCGGAGGGGCUGAAGAUUAUCCGCGAGUCAGGACAAGUGCAGUUUGAUCUGUGGGACUCCGAUGAAGUCCCCGUGCCCCGGAAGGAGUUGCUCCAGAAGGUCAAAGGUGUCGACGCGCUGGUCUGCGUGCUCACGGAGAAGAUCGACGCCGAGCUAUUGGACGCUGCAGGUCCUAACCUUAAAGUCCUGAGCACCAUGUCAGUGGGUUUUGACCACCUCUCCCUGGAGGAACUAAAGAAAAGGGGGAUCCGUGUGGGAUACACCCCAGACGUGUUAACAGAUGCUGUAGCUGAACUGACUGUUGCUCUGCUACUGACCACCUCCAGGAGACUCAUAGAGGCUACACAUGAAGCCAAGAGUGGUGGCUGGGGAACAUGGAGGUCUCUGUGGUUGUGUGGCUAUGAGCUGGCUAACAGCACCGUUGGAAUACUGGGUCUGGGGAGGAUCGGGGUGGCUAUCGCUGAGCGCCUGAAGCCGUUCAAGGUAAAGAAGUUCAUCUACACAGACGUGGCUCCCCGACCAGAGCUGGCCAGUUUGAUCGACGCAGAAUAUGUCUCUAUGGAUGAGUUGGCCAGCCAGUCUGACUUCCUGACAGUGUGUUGUGCUCUGACACCAGAGACUAAAGACAUCUGUAACAAGGACCUGUUCUCUAAGAUGAAGAAUACCUCCAUCUUCAUCAACACCAGCAGAGGAGGGGUGGUUCACCAGGAGGAUCUGUAUGAAGCUCUGUCCAGUGGUCAGAUAGCUGGAGCCGGGCUAGAUGUCACCGUCCCUGAACCCCUGCCCACCAGCCACCCACUCUUCACCCUUAACAACUGUGUGAUCCUCCCCCACAUUGCCAGUGCGUCCUACACCACGCGUAACACCAUGUCUGCCCUGGCAGCCAACAACCUGCUACUGGGGCUGAAGGGACAGCCAAUGAUCAAAGAGCUCAAGCUGUAGCUGCCAAUCACCUGCUUUGGAACACCAGAGGAGAACCAAUGAUUGAAGAGCUCUUACCAAACUGUAAAUGAUAUAGUUGACUCUGGUAAAAAAAAGAUGAGUAGACGAUAUAGAGAAUAGGCUAGUGUUGUCAUCAACAUGGUACAUACGUAGCACUCAGUAUUUCCUCAUUUCAGAUGUUUUUAUGAUUUUGUUUCAUAAUAAUGACGAAGGACAACAAUAAACAUGGAACUUUUCCCAUCUUUUAA